GUCGUCGCUGUGUUUAUCUGCUCCGUUACGUUACUGCUACGUUUAGUGACCGGCUAACCGGAAACAACAAACCGACUGCUGGAGAGAUAAACGAGCCCGACAGGAAGCAUGUCGACCGCGCUGGAGAGCUACAUCAACCGAACUGUGGCCAUCGUGACGUCAGACGGAAGGAUGAUAGUGGGCACGCUGAAAGGCUUCGAUCAGACCAUCAACCUGAUUCUGGAUGAGAGUCACGAGCGAGUGUUCAGCUCCAGUCAGGGGGUGGAGCAGGUGGUGCUGGGACUCUACAUCGUCAGAGGAGACAACGUAGCCGUGAUCGGGGAGAUCGAUGAGGAGACGGACUCCACUCUGGAUUUAGGAAACAUCCGAGCCGAGCCGCUCAACUCCGUCGUCCACUGACCUCCUGGCUCCUCCUUCUCUGUAACCAUGGUGACGGCGUGACUCAGUGGCUGUGCGUGCAGGAGCCUGUUUUCAGAAGCUUUACUGAAUAUGAUUCAGAGGAGAACCUUCUAAAAACAGACUCCUCUGUUUUUGUGUUUUUUAUAAAUAAAGAAGUGAACUGAGGAACUUUUUUUAUGCUGUUUUUUUGUCAGAUUGUUGAAUAAAGUUUUGUUUCUGAUA